CGCAUUGAUUCAACCAAUCAGGAAUACGUUUUCUUAUAACGACCAAUCAGAGGCCAGUAUUCCCAUGGAAUAUCAGUGUUUGCUGCACGUUCUUCAGUUAUUUAAAAACUGGAAGAAAUGAAAGUGAAAAAAAGGUUUUAUGGUGAAAAAUUGUCGUUUUAGUAAUUUCAAACAAAGAAAAUGAUUAUUGUGUAUAUAGACAUCAUUCUAUUAGUUAUUUUGUUGCUACUUAUAGUAUUCACAUGUUGUUAUUAUGGGUACCGAGUCCACAGAUUGAGGCAAACUGGCCAAAUUGCUCUAAUAUUGAAGCCUACAAAAGUUCUCUUCACACACAAGAAGGAAGGUGAAGCUGAUCAACUCAGAACUGUUGUCGCCUACCAGAACCCCCUAACUGGAGACUACUGCGUCCACAAGACGAGAUCUCCGAAGGGAUACGUCAACAAUUUAGAGCCUGUACCAGACUCGCCAGAUAGCGGGGUCUCUGAUGAAUAUGAACCUCUUAAUUUGGUACCGACCGUAGAGAUCAACUCACCCGGAAUACAUCAGGUUUAUACUUACUUUUCUGAUCCAAAAUAUAUUGUUAUUGGCCUCUGAAACGAGUAACUAACGCUCUCUUUGCGGUAUUUUUCACCAAAGUAGAGAAGGACCUGCAACAAUUAUUGCAU